AUGCACUAUACUUGUAAUGUAGAUAAUGAAUCCGAAAAGCAUAAACCAAUGGUCGUUCUGGACUACAAUGCCCAUAAAUCUGGGGUGGAUACCAUGGAUCAAAUGCUCGGUACAUAUUCAUGCAAACGAUCCACAAAACGCUGGUCGCUUGCAAUGUUCUACAAUAUGGUAGAUAUUGCCGCGUUAGACGCAUUUAUAAUAUAUGACGAAAUGGAUCCAAUUAAAAAAUCUGAUAAGCGACGAUCGUUCUUAAAAUUACUAACGAAACAACUAGCGAUUUCAAAUAUUGAAGACCGCGGCACUAACGCACGCAUAACUUGCUAUCCCAACAUUUGUAAUGCUAUGGAAGCAUUUGAUGUAAAGGUAAUAUCAAGGUCAGCCCCAGGAACUGCACCUGAAUUCGCGCCACGCUCCAAUCGUCCGUCAUGCCAUUUAUGUCGCGCACAUUAUAAACGCCAGCGCAAAACCAGGAUGCAAGGAGAUCUCUUCGAAGUUGCACUUACUAUAAUUGGAACUAUGCCCUUGAUCGCUACAUAUUCCCUUAAAUCCACACAUAAAUACACAAAUCAUUUUCCCAUUAAAUUCAUCAUCACAAUCACAAACGACUUAAGAAAUACUGAUUAA